AUGAAGGAUUGCAAGAACAUGUUCAAAAAGAAAGGUGUUGGUUUCUAUGGGAGACCAUGGUCUAUGGAACAGAGGAAACUUCUCUUUCAAUGGCUGAAGCGCCGGGGGCUGAACUGCUACAUGUACGCGCCCAAGGAUGAGCUGAAGCACCGGCUGCUCUGGCGAGAGCCCUACACGGAACACGAGGCAGCCCGCAUGCAGUCUCUCAUAGAAGCUGCCCAAGAGCAGGGUGUGGAGUUCGUUUUCGCCGUUUCUGCUGGCCAGGACAUGGUGUUUUCAAGCGCUGGGGACCGGCUCCUGCUGCAGCAAAAACUCAGGCAGGUGGCUGCCCUGGGGUGCUGCUCCUUCGCGCUGCUCUUCGACGACAUCGACCCCUGCAUGUGCCAAGCCGACAGAGACAUCUUCCCCUCCCUGGCCAAGGCUCAGGCCUCUGUGGCCAACGAGGUGUACCGGGAGCUGGGCCAACCCUCCACCUUCCUCUUCUGCCCUACAGAAUACUGCAGCUCCCUCUGCUCCCCCAGUCCUGGCCAGUCCCAGUACCUGCUGACCCUGGGCCAGGAGCUGCUCCCUGGGAUCGGUGUGGUUUGGACAGGCCCAAAGGUGGUGUCCCAGGAGCUCUCAGCCACACUGCUGGAGGAGGUGGAGGGUGUCCUGCGGCGCCGCCCUGUCAUCUGGGACAACCUCUAUGCCAAUGACUAUGACUGCAGACGCGUCUUCCUGGGCCCCUACACGGGACGUGCCCCUGGCCUCAUGGCCAGGCUGGGUGGACUGCUCCUCAACCCCAACUGCGAGCUCCAGGCCAACUUCAUCCCCAUACACACGCUGGGCAGCUGGUUUCAGAGUGAGCUGCAGAUCUGUGCCCACCCUGAGCACACAGGGACAGAGACUGUGGCAGCCCUGGGGGAUAGGCAAGGCCCACCGGAGGGGAGCUACAGCCCUCAGGAAGCCUUGGAGCUGGCGCUGCUUGAUUGGGUGGUUGAGAUAAACCAACAGGCCUUGGAGACAGAGGAGGCUGGGUCCAGACCCAUGGCCCUGCUGACCCUGGAGGAGGCUGGGUCUGGCCCCACGGAACCACUGACUUCCAAGGAGGCCAGGUCCAGCCCCACAGCACCCAUGAUCCCAGAAGAGGCCAGGUCCACCCCCAUGACACCGGUGACCCUGGGGGAGGCCAAGUCCCCCCCUACAGCACCGGUGACCCUGGAGGAGGCCGGGUCCGCCCCUCCAGUGCUGCUGGCCCUGGCAGAGGACAGAUCCAGCCUCACAGCCCCGCUGACUCUGGAGGAGGUGCGGAUGCUGGUGGAGCUCUUCUACCUGCCCUACCACCACGGGCCGCAGGCGCAGCACCUCCUGGAGCAGUUCCACGGCCACCUGCUCUGCGACCCUGGCCCCAAGGGCACCUGGGGAAGCUGCUUCGGCUGGUGCCAGAGCAUCACUGCCCCAAUCCUGCUGGGGGGGGAUGCUGAGCCCUGGGCACGUCGUGGGGGCCUCUUUGGAGAGCUGCAGGCACUGCUGCCCGUGGGGAACAGCUGUGACCUCUUCUACCACCCACCUCCAUUCUUCCCGUCCAGCCAGGUGUACCUCCUGCGCCCACUGCUGCCCCUGGACAAGGGAGAGCUUUACCGAAUGUGCCGGGAGAGUUUGGACUGUGACCCCAAAGUCGCAGAGAUCCUUGCAGCACAUCCCGAUCUCCUCGGUGACAGGCUGCUGGGCAGCUUCCUGAGCCUCAGCCCCGAGUACACCUUUGUGCUGGAGGAUGAGGACGGCUCACGGGGAGUAUUUUGCCAGGUCAGCGGCUCUGACCGGCAGCAGCUGAACUUCUACAGCAAGCUGGGCUUCGUUGCUUUGCCGGUGGCCUGGGGCAACUCCCCUGGUACUCUGCUCCUGGGAAGGCUCCUCUGA